GCAGGGGGCGGAGCUUCAUCAGAUGUGAAGGAGGAACCAGUGAAAGCAUCAGGCAGCAGGUAGUGAAGGGGCAGAUCCGCGGACCAGAUAUCAUUGAGGGGCUGCUUAGCUCACACCCCUCGGUUUUUUUUUUGUUAUUCUCCUCGGAUUCUCGCCUCCGUGGCUCUUCCCUGGCGAAACCAUGGUGGCUAAAAACAGAAAACAGACUGGAAAGAGUCCAACGACCCAGGCUGACCGGAGCCCGCUUGUUUCGCCUCCUGCCAAAAGUAACGGCAGGCGAGCAGGCAAAGCUUUCAACGGCUCCCAUCCUAACGGGCUCAUCAGACACAAGCUGGGGCUAACUACUUCUGCAGUCGGGAAGCUGGGUGUCACUCUUCUUCUCGCUGCUCUGACUGGGUAUCUCCACUGGCAUCAUCUCUCACAGCUGUUUGAGAAUGACAGACACUUUUCACACUUGUCAAACCUGGAGAAAGAAAUGGCUUUCCGGACAGAAAUGGGUCUGUAUUAUUCCUACUAUAAGACCAUUAUAGAAGCUCCCUCUUUCCUGGAUGGCCUCCACAUGGUGAUGAAUGAUCGGCUGACAGAGCACCCUCUGGUUAUUAACACGCUGCAGAGAUUCAAUCUGUACCCAGAGGUGGUCCUGGCCAGCUGGUUCCGGAUGUACACGGCUGUCAUGGGAUACUUUGGGAUUCCCACCAAGAUGUGCUGGUCCAUCAACAGAGGGGAGGGGCUCACUCCCGUGGACAGCUGUGAAGACUUUGAAGAUUUUUCUGAACUCGUGGAUGCAGUCAAACAGCCUCAAGGGGGAGUUGGCAGAUGAAAGAAAUGUUACAGAAUGAGUUCAACGCAACGCAUUCAUGAUUCCUAUUUUAUACUUUCCAUUGAAAAUUAAACCGUUUUUUUCUACAGAGUUGCUCAACAGGGGGAACAACGGGAACAACACCUGACCUCCUGCAGCUAAAACCUCACUAAUUAAACUCUUAAAUCUUGUUUGUUUCACACGUACACAAUCAGAAGUGUAAAAACAAUCAAUUGUGGUCUUGUGUGUGUUGUAUGCUGGCUUAUAUAUUGGCCUUGUGCCAGGACUUAGAGUCUAGUCACCACUGUGAGUUUCCAGACAACCAGAGGCAACACAAGCCCAUCUAAGAAUAAGGGUAUUCACAAAAAGUUGAACAAUUUCCUUAAAAACCUGCUUAUCUAUCAUGAGACAACUAAAACAGCACAUCCUUUGAGAAGAUCUUAAUACAUCUGCUUUUUUACUAAAACAUGUCUGAAAAUCAUCUCUCCACUCUCACCAUCGUCGCUGAUUAGGAACUCCUUUAUAGUCACUGCACCAUGUACGUCAACAUCUUACAUGUAUAUAUGUUUCUGUUGACCGACUGCAAAACUUUGAUUUGAAAGUGAGAGAAACAAAGCAUGGCUCACAAAAUCCUCUUCAAGAGAAGGUUUGUCGUUAAGGAUCUAAAUUGCAGCACAGACAGCAAGGGCACACUAUUAUCAUCAUUACAGUAGCCCUAUGGGAAAUAUAAUGAUUUGAACCAAUUACAUACAAAUAGUUUCCUGAUAUUUGUUCACAGCAACAUCUCCUAGAAGCCUAAAUCUGCUGAAAGUAAACCCGCUGUAAUCUGUGUGUUUCUGUCAGUCCCCUUAGAGAGCCCCACCCAGGGACAAACACACAGGCUCUUUUCACCAUGUUUACACAAACCUGCCGCAAGCUGCCUUGCAUAAGAGCUACCAGUCAGAAGAGAGGGAACAUUUCCUGUAACUGAGCACCAGAAGGAUAUUUGCUGUUAGAACGAGCUCCAUUUAGUGUCAGAGCACUAACGUUAGACACAUUCUGUUACCCUGUUAGUCAUUACAUCCUUGUCAAUCUGUUCUGCAAACCUGCAUAUUUAGUGAGUGCCACUUUAUCUCCGAGUAAAACAUUCUGUACCAAAAACAUUUACCACAUUUUUAUUCAGUGUCACAUGUUCAACACCUUCUGUUCUAAUUAGGUCGACACACUCGCUGGUCAACGGGAAGUGUACUGUUAGUCCUGCACAUCUCAAGUAUGCCACAUACAUAUUUCAGUCCCACUUUUGUGUCAUUUAAACCUUGAAUGUGGGAUGUUUAUAGACUGCAAGCAGAAGUCUCGAUUUAUUUUCAAUCCAGUGCAAUCUAGGUACAUUUUCACUCUCUCCUGCUAGUCCUUUGUUUUUAUUACAUUUAUUUAUUCAUGUUCGAGAGGUAAGAGAGAGGGGAAGGGAUUAAACCAAACAAGGUCCCAAAUGUGAUCAAACCCA